AUGGCGAACAUCGGCAAAGUUUUGGCUACGAUAAAAGCUGUUAUAACGCGUUUGGUUUUCGCCUGCCAUGGAAUUAUAGCUAUAUGGCAGGUGACUGUUUUCAAAAAAAAUACUGAGUAUUGGUAUUUGGCAUCUCCUAUACUGCUGCUGAUUUUCGAAGGGCUGUUCACUUUAACUAUAAAGGAAAAUCAAGAAUGGAAAUGGUUUUGUCCAUCGGUAUUUAUAUAUUUAGGGAUAGUGGUACCAGCAAUAUGGUUACUGGAACUACACAAAGUUGAUAUCAGGCUUAAGAAUCAAAAUAGCAUGAAUUCUACGCUUCUUGAGACAGGGAUUCCAAUCCCUGUUGCUACCAAGAUCCCGACCGACAUGUGGGUGACAUUGAUCGAGCAGUUUCUGAUGCUGACUCUCAUUGUUGGAAGAUGGUUGCUGCCCAAGGGGGAUCUGACGAGAGACCAGCUCAGUCAACUACUUCUAGUCUAUAUAGGUACAGCUGCAGACAUAAUAGAAUUCUUCGACUCUUUCAAAGACGAGAAAAUGGCUUUAGAGAAGGGUCUCGUGCUGUUAACGCUGGCAAUCUGGACGUGGUCGCUGAUGCAGUUCACCGUUGUCCUGACAGCAACGAAAUCGCGCAAAUCCAGGGGCACGGCAAAUAGGUCUGAAAUAAACAGUCGCGCCUGUUGCUGUUCUAUCGAAGUCUGUGCCAUCAUAAUGAACAUCGCGCUCCAGGACGCCCCGUUCCUCGCCUUCCGACUGCUCAUCAUCUGCCAUUACAAGAUUAUCAGUUACAUGAACAUAUUCUUCACAUGUAAGAACACGUUGGUAAUACUACUGCAGAUCUACCGCUUGUACGUACUACACCUGGAGAUAGUUGACGACCCGGGUGGCUCCGUGUACAGGAAGACUACCAAGACCAAAACCUCCGACAAGAAGGACAGGAAAAAGAAAGAGAAAAAACACAAAGCCAAGAAGCACAAGAGGAAACAUGAAAUAGGAGAAACUUCAAUCGCUAUGAUCAGUGAUCCGAAGAGGCAUGCGCGAGUGGACGGUGGAAAGAUCAGGGCAAUCAUUCUCACAAACACGGAUGAGAUAAGGGAGUUGGAGUUGUCCAAUUUGUUUCGGGACCAAAUCACAACAGAAAAUGAGACGAAAAAAACUUCAAAGAAGAAGCAAAAGUCCGACUCCUCCGAAGAGUCUCUGAACAACAUCCAUCACACCACUGACGACUCGGGCAUUUGA